GCUUCACGGCACGCACAUCGGUCUCGAUUCGCAGGCCCCAAAAUGCGAAUGCGUUCGACAAUGCAGCCACGACUGGGAGCCGGCUGAAGGAGAACAUCGAGAUCGACUACCUGGGUACGUGCUGCGAUGAUAUUUGCUCGACAGCAUUCCGCUCGCAAAUCUUCUGCGAUUCGGAAGGCGGAACUCACCGCGAUCUGUGCUCGUUCUACAAAGCACAGUGUCGGCUCGAGAAGCGCUCGAACGGCGAGGAGAAGCUCAAGAUUGUGAGCAUAGGCGCUUGCGCGCGACGCGCCAACACGCUCGAGCAGCUCCUCAGAUCGAUAUUUGUCAACCAUUUG